AUGACCCCUUCUCUCCCUGGACCAAAUGGAUUGGUCUUCAAGUUUUACAGCUACUGGUACUAUGACCAGGAGGGCUAUUAUGUUGGUGAUCCUGUGGCAACUAAGCCACAAGCAAUUGCCAAAUUUCCAGGACAUUUCAAGAAGAUGGAAGUGUCCUUUGGUGCCAAAACUAUCCUAGUUCGCUGUGAUAUGGAAGCAACUAUAGGAAAGGAUGCUGGCAAAGCCAUUACCAGGCAGGGGAUCAAUACUCUACCUACUGCUACUGGUACCCCUGCUCAGAAUAGAGCAAUGAACAUGGAUCUCUACCUGCUUAUGAUAUUCUAUGUGGAUGAUAUCAGGUUGAUUUAUGAGAGGGACAGGGAGGAUCAAGCCAUCCUGUUCAACCAGUACCUGCUUUCCAACUUUGAGGUUACUUAG